AUGGAAGCUAUUGCUCAGACUCAUAUUGCUUUAAUGGAUGCUAUUGCUUUAGAGGAAAAUCUGCUUCAGCAGAAGACAAAUGACACUUCUUUUACUGUUGGUGAUAGAAAUAUCAAAUAUUUUCAUGUCACACUUAAACACAGAAUAAACAUCAAUAAUAUUUUGAAAAUUAAAAAGGGAGAUGAGAGUUUUACAACUUGCAUGGAUGAGAUUGCGGAUAAUGCUGUUAGCUAUUAUACUGAACUUUUUCAAAGCUCUACGCAUACUAUGCCUGUUGACUCCACUCACUUUGUGGAUGAGUAUAAUUACAUUAAUAAUCUUCAUUUAACUUAUCCUCCUGAUGAGAAGGAAAUCAUGAAUGCUUUCAAAUCUAUUUGUCCUAACAAAGCUCCUAAGUCUGAUGGUUUCUCUUCAACUUUCUACAUUCAUUCUUGGGAGGUUAUUAAGAAGGAGGUUACUCUAGUCAUACAAAACUUCUUCCAUGAUGAUAACCUUGGUAAAUAUUUCACCUCUGCUUUGAUUGUGUUCAUUCCAAAAGGUAGGGAGAUUACUGAUAAUAUCCUCUUAGCACAGGAAAUGAUUGAAGAUUUAGACAAGAAGUGCAGAGGGGGAAAUAUGGUCCUUAAAUUGGAUAUUAAGAAAGCUUUUGAUACUAUUAGCUGA